GUCAUUGGUUUGUUGUUAACUUCACAUGAUUCAACAUAUGAUUAUAAUAUUAUGUUGAUGUAAUGUAAACUUUUCAAUAUUAUUAAAAAAGUAGUUCAAAAUGUCUACUUCAAUAGAAAUCCCUCUACGGGAUACUGACGAGGUUAUCGAACUUUGUGUGGAUCAACUUCCGGAAGGAGAUGAAGUAUUAGGUAUAUUGAGCCAAGAAAACUCUCAGCUUUUUAUUUGGGUUAAUCUUGCGCUUGAAUAUUACAAGCAAAACAAAAUCAAUGACUUCAUUAAAAUACUGGAAGCUUCUCGAGCCGGUGCCAAUGUCAACUACCGCGACUUUGAAAAGGACCAAAUGCGAGCUCUCGACAUGCUGGCAGCAUAUUAUGUUCAAGAGGCAAAUCGGGAAAAAAAUAAAGAUAAGAAAAGGGAUUUAUUUACUAAGGCUACUCUUCUGUACACCACAGCCGACAAAAUUAUUAUGUAUGAUCAGAAUCACUUGCUGGGAAGAGCGUACUUUUGCCUCUUGGAAGGAGAUAAAAUGGAUCAAGCCGAUGCUCAAUUUAAUUUUGUUUUGAAUCAGUCGCCAAACAAUAUACCAUCAUUGCUAGGGAAAGCUUGCAUCGCAUACAACAAGAAAGAUUUCCGAGGCGCUUUGGCUUUCUAUAAAAAAGCUCUUCGCACCAACCCAAAUUGUCCAGCAGCUGUUCGCUUAGGUAUGGGUCAUUGCUUCAUGAAAUUGGGUAAUCAAGACAAAGCAAGACUAGCAUUUGAGAGAGCUCUUCAAUUAGAUCCACAAUGUGUUGGUGCGCUUGUAGGAUUGGCAAUUUUGAAGUUAAAUCUCCAACAACCGGAUUCCAUUCGCAGUGGUGUUCAAAUGCUGUCUAAGGCAUAUACUAUAGAUUCUUCUAAUCCUAUGGUUCUUAAUCAUCUUGCAAAUCACUUCUUCUUUAAAAAGGACUACAAUAAAGUUCAACAUUUGGCUCUGCAUGCGUUUCACAAUACUGAGAAUGAAGCAAUGCGAGCUGAAAGUUGUUACCAACUUGCUCGCGCAUUUCACGUGCAAGGUGACUACGACCAGGCUUUCCAAUAUUACUACCAAGCGACACAGUUCGCACCUGUCGCUUUUGUUCUUCCUCACUUUGGUUUAGGUCAAAUGUACAUCUAUAGAGGUGACGCCGAAAACGCUGCGCAGUGUUUCGAAAAAGUAUUAAAGGCACAACCUGGAAACUACGAAACGAUGAAAAUUUUAGGUUCACUGUACGCCAAUUCCACCUCUCAAUCUAAGAGAGACAUUGCAAAAAAUCACCUAAAGAAAGUAACUGAGCAGUUUGCGGAUGACAUAGAGGCGUGGAUUGAGUUAGCGCAAAUUUUGGAACAGUCUGAUUUACAAGGUUCGUUAAAUGCGUACGGUACCGCUAUCAAGAUUUUGAAAAAGGAUGUGCAAGCUGAAGUUCCUACCGAAAUUUUGAAUAACGUAGGAGCUUUGCAUUACAGGUUAAAUAAUUUAGAGGAAGCGAAAAAAUAUCUAGAAGAGGCACUUGUGCGUGCACAAAGCGAAGCGGAGCAUGAUCCCCAAUAUUACAAUUCCAUAUCCGUCACAAUUACAUACAAUUUAGCUAGGCUAAACGAAGCUCUGUGUGUGUUUGAUAAAUCUGAGAAGUUGUACAAGGAUAUUCUUAAAGAGCAUCCCAAUUAUGUUGAUUGCUAUUUGCGGUUAGGAUGCAUGGCGCGAGAUGAAGGGCAAAUUCACGAUGCGUCGUACUGGUUUAAAGAAGCACUGCGUAUUAACAAAGAUCAUCCUGACGCAUGGUCUUUGUUAGGGAAUUUGCAUUUAGCGCAAAAUGAAUGGGGACCUGGACAAAAGAAAUACGAACAAGUAUUAAAGGCAACAUCACAAGAUCCUUAUUCGUUAAUUGCCUUGGGAAAUGUAUGGUUACAAACCUUCCAACAGGCUUCCAAAGAUAAAGAAAGGGAAAAACGUCACCAAGAGCGAGCAUUAUCGAUGUAUAAGCAAGUUUUGAAAAUUGAUCCUAAAAACAUAUGGGCUGCUAAUGGUAUAGGGGCUGUGUUGGCACACAAGGGUACGGUCAACGAAGCAAGAGAUAUUUUUGCUCAAGUUCGUGAAGCGACUGCCGAUUUUUGUGACGUUUGGUUGAAUAUAGCACAUAUUUAUGUAGAACAGCGACAAUAUGUCAGCGCCAUACAAAUGUAUGAAAAUUGCUUGAGAAAAUUUUAUAAAUUCCAUAAUGUAGAAGUUCUGCAAUAUUUAGCUAGAGCCUAUUAUAAAGCAGGAAAAUUGAAAGAAGCUAAAAUGGUUCUAUUAAAAGCAAGACGUGUAGCUCCUCAAGAUUCUGUGCUACUAUACAACAUUGCUCUUGUUCUUCAGCGACUUGCAACGCAAAUAUUAAAAGACGAAAAAUCAACUCUACAAACCGUACUGCAAGCAGUACACGAGUUGGGACUGUCAUUGAAGUACUUUACAUAUUUGGCCGACAAAGAACUGGAAGAUAAAAUGCGAUAUGAUAUAAAGUUAGCCGGUUUGGAAGCUCGCCAAUGCCAGGAUUUGCUGUCACAGGCACAGUAUCAUGUCGCCCGUGCAAAAAGAGUUGAUGAAGAGGAACGGCAACUGCGUAGAAAACAAGAGGAUGAACGCACUGCCUUCAAAUUACGACAGCUUGAAGAACAGAAAAAACGUGAAGAGGAAUCUAGAGCAAAUAAGGAGCAACUUUUACAAAAACGUCAAGAAUAUAAAGAGAAGACCAAAAAUGCUUUACUGUUCAGCGAAAUGCCAAAUGAGAAAGUCAGGCCCAAAGGUCGUGGUAGAAAAGAUCAAUAUGUUAGCGAUUCUGGAGGAAGUGACGCUGAUAAUGAAGGUGGCAAUGUGUCGAAGGAAAGAAAAUACAAAAGUGGGGAUCGCAAGGACAAGAAAAGAAAAUCGGGAGGCCGGAAACGGAAGGAUGGAGCUCAUUCAGACUCUGGCAGCGAUAGGCCUCGAUUCAAAAGAAGUCGCAAAAAGCAUCAUAGAGUGGAGGAUGACGGUCUUACAGCUAAACAGAAAAGUAGAAUUGUUUCGAAGGCGACAAUAUCUACCAGUGAAUCCGAUAGUGACGACAAUAAACUCAAAAUUGCUAGCGGUGAUGAGAGUGGUGGAGAAGGAAGGAAACGUAAAAGAAGAAUUUCGUCCGGAUCUGACCAAUCGUCACGUUCCAGGAGUAGAUCUCGCUCCAAGGGUUCCAGAUCACGGUCUCGUUCAAAAAGUGGGUCCCGAUCGAAGAGCAGAUCAAGAUCUCGCUCUAAGAGUGGAUCUCGCUCUAGGUCCAGAAGUAAAUCAAAAUCCCGCUCCAAAUCAAAAAGUGUUUCGCGUUCAAGAAGCGCUUCUCGAUCUAAGUCGAGGUCAAGGUCAAAAUCGGGAUCAAGAUCAAAAUCGGGAUCAAGAUCAAAAUCAAGGAGCAGAUCAAAAUCGAGGAGCAGAUCCAAAUCUAUGUCUUGUAGUAGGAGUCCUUCCCGAUCUCCAAGUCGUAGUGUAUCCAGAAGUAGAUCACGUAGUAAGUCUGGAAGCGAGAAAGGGUCACGUGCAUCUAGUCCAGCUCGGAGUACUCAUGAUAGUGACUAAUAAUCUCUCACAGUAUGUUAUACAAUAUGGUAUUCCUUUAAAUGAUUGACUUUGUUAUAAUCAGACAUAUAAUUGUAAAUGCACCUUAUACGAAACUCAAUUGAAUGUUACACAAUUGAAGAAUUAGUUUGUUUUAUCAAUAGAUUGUAGUAUCUUAAAAACCACAGUGAUCACAGUUUUUUUUUUUAAUAAAACCAGCGAGUAAUACUUGAAA